CAGAUUUCAUGUAUUCCACGAUUUAAGAUAAUAGGUAUAUUAUUAUUUAUUAUUAAUUAUUAUUAUUAUAUUAUCUUAAAUCGUGAUAUAUUCUGUAUUUCUGUGAUUAUACUACAAUAAGUACAAUAUAAUUUGAAAAUUCAAUAUAUUAUUAUGGUGUGGUAGGCGGUAGUCAUUUACAUCUUUGGGGCCCUGUAUAAAUACAUUUAAAAUCAAAUAUAGGUUAAGUGUAUAAUUGUAUAACACAUUUAUUAUAAUGGUUUCUAUUUCUAAAACAUUUUUACCAUUAAACACACAAGGAGGAAAUAGCCAACUGCCUGUAAUCGGAUUUGGUACAUACACAAUUAGCGAUAAAAAAAUAAUAUUGAAUGUCUUGGAUGUGGCACUUGGCGCUGGUUAUCGUCUAAUCGACACAGCAGCAGUGUAUAACAAUGAGCAAUAUAUCAAAGAAGCACUUAAAGUGUUAUUACCAAAGUAUCAUCUGAAGCGUGAAGAUCUGUUCAUUACAUCAAAAUUAGCUCCCAAAGACCAUGGAGAUGAGAAGCAAGUAACAGCUGCUGUGCAAAGGUCAUUGGAUAAUCUAGGUACCAGUUACUUGGAUUUAUAUUUGAUACACUGGCCAGGAGCUGGGCGUAUUGAUGCAAAAAGUCCUGAAAAUUCUAAACUUCGUAAUUUAACUUGGAAGACUCUUAUGAAGUUGCACGACAAUGGCAAUGGUUCACUUAAAAAUAUUGGGGUAUCUAAUUAUACCGUAAAACAUAUAAAAGAAAUGCUCGCCGAUCCAACUAAUAUUGUUCCCGCUGUUAAUCAGGUUGAAUUCCAUCCAUAUUUUCAACAAUCUUCCGAGUUUCAUAAAGUGUGCAGAAAUGCCAAAAUUGUUCUACAAGCAUAUUGUUCCAUGGGAGGAUCUGCUGGAAAAAAUUCAUUGUUAAAUGAUGAAGUAAUAAAUCGUAUUGCUAAAAAACAUUCCAUAAGUGCUGCACAAGUGUUAUUGAGAUGGGCCAUACAAAGAAAUUAUGCUAUUAUACCAAAGUCAGUUACCGCAGAAAGAAUAAAAAUAAACUUUGAUGUUGACACUGAACUCACUAAGGAAGAUGUUGAUGAUAUUAAUAAUAUCAAGCACACGGAAAAGUUUGCUUGGGAGCCUGAAGUCAUAGCAUGAUAUUAUGAAAACUUUUUUAAAAUUGUAUAACAUAAUAUUAUGAUCAAUUUGCUAUAAUUUAGUGUAUCACCAUUUUGGUAUUGCAUUUUGUCAUGUUGGCUUUAAUAUUAAUGGCUCUAUAAUCUAUACGCCACUCUAAACAGUCUAAACUCAGUGAGAAAUGAGUUAACCUUGGUGAUAGGGAUAUUAUAAGUUAUAACACGUUACGUCACUAUCAGAUCUGUUUAUUUUUCUUGUACAUCCGAAAUGAUUGAUUAUCAUUUAUUAUUUUUCCAAUUUUCAAUUAUACAAAUAUUAUAUUAUAUACAAAAUAUAUACUAUAAAUAUAAAUUUACAUUAUAUAAUUUCAUUAUUCAUACCAUUGUAUAUUGUGAUCUUAUAGAUUUAUUAACAAGUUUACUGAUAAAGCAGUGUUGAUGUCCAAAACCAUUGAUUAAGAAAGAAUAGACUGGAAAUGAACAAGCAGGCAUGUGGUGGAGGUGCUUAAGAAGAGUCUUGUAUGGGAAAGGGGGAAAUAGCAAUUAUGUAUAGAGCGCUACUUAUAUAGAUCAUCUAGUUUAUAUGAUGAAUAUAAGUAGCACUUGAUACAUGUUGUAUAAAUACUCAUACGCGACUCCUGAACCUUAAGCAGCAUUGCCUGGUAAUAUGGCUUUCAUUUCCAUUAUAUUUUAUCUUAGUAUGUGAUCAAAACCAAUGAUACUACCAUGAAAUGUAUUAAUUGUUGUUAUAUAUAUUAUGUUUGUGAUAAUUACAAUGUUAUUGUAUACUGUUUGGUUUAUUACAAUUUAAAUUUUUUUAGCUAUGUUAAUCAUUAUUUUUUAAUUAAAAUUUUAUUUUAACAAUGACUUACUUUGAAUAUAUUUUGAAUAUUAAAAACCAUUAAUAUAUUUUGAUUUAUUUUUAAA